UCUGUAAAUUUUCCUGAUGCGUUCAAACCAGUUCCCCGGGGUUUUUCCCUGGGCGGAGAGGCGAGUUCGAUGUUCUCCGCCAUCUUCCACCGCCGCGCCGCCAUUGAAUCGUACCUCAUCGCCGGAACCCUAGCUCCGUUCUCCAUGGCCACCGUUGCGGGCAACUCUUCUACACUCCCAUUUUCCGAUCCCCUUCUCGAACAAUUCCUCCCUGGCCGCACUCGCCCGCGGCAUCAUCUCCGCCUAAAACUUCGCCUCGAGCUCCUCCGUCACCUCAACACAGCUCUAAAAACUGACCCUCAAUGCUCCGUCGCCGCCUCUUCCCUUCUCUCUGCAUUGCACUCAGCCCCCCUCGCCGACCUCCUUUGCUCCCUUAGAAACCCCCGCGCUGCUCUCUCUUUCUUACUCAUCGCCAUCCCCAAUACCUUUCCCGACGCCAUCUUAUUCUCUUGCGACGUAGCUUUCCUCAUCUUCUCAACCGAAAAGCUGAAAACAUUAGCACAAGAUAUCCUCUCCGGUCUCCUUCACUGCCUCAAUCCCCACCGUGCCGUCGAUCUCCUCAGCUGGGCUGCUCUACAUCGCUCUUACUUCUCACGCUAUCACGCCCUUCACCUCGUCCUCCGCGCGUUUCUUGGCGCCGGCAUGGUAUCAGAGGCGCUUCGAGCUUUGGCAGAGAUCCGUCGUGUGGGCAAUACCCCAAGCCUCUCAGUCCACGCUAUUCUUCUCCGGCUUCUCUUCAGGAUGGGGGAUUCGAAAAAUGCUUGGAAGUUGUUCCGGGAUAUGAUUCUUCGUGGUCCUCGCCCGAGCGUCAGGAUCUUCAACGCAAUGAUUCUUGGAUCUUGCCUCAAAGGGAGGGUUGCUGCUGGGGAAGGGUUGUUUUGGUUGAUUCCAAAGUACAAACUUGAGCCGGAUGCUUGCAGUUUUAAUAUUAUUAUGAAAGCGAACUGUUUAUUUGGUCGGGUGGGGAAUGCCUUCAAGCUGUUUGAUGAAAUGAUUGAUUUAGGACAUGUACCUACCAUUGUAAGCUAUAAUAUUUUAAUCAACGUGCUCUGCAGGCAAGGGAGGAUGGAGGAGGCAAGGAGGUGGUUUGAUCGUAUAGUGGAAGAUGGGCUUGAGACUAAUAUUAUUACUUAUAAUGUCCUUUUAGAUGGAUAUGUAAAGGCUGGGCAGGUUGAUAUUGCAAUUUCUACUUAUGAAGAGAUGGUGAAGAAAGGAAUUCCUCCAGAUUUCUACACAUUCAACAUACUUGUUUCAGGGCACUGCAAGUUCCGCAGAGAUUGGAAAGGUCUGGUUCAGAACUUGUUUAGAGAUGCAUUAAAUGAUGAGGUAUGUACUCAAAUGUUAAUCUCAAGCCUUUGCUGGGAUGGGCAGAUGGAAGAUGCAAGAUUGCUUAUGCCCAGCAAUCCCAGUGAUGGUUUACUGCCCAAAGUUUCAAAUUUCAACUCAAUUAUUGCUGGUUAUAGCAAGGAGGGGAUGGAGGAAGAAGCUAUCAAUAUGUAUAGAGUCAUGGUGGAUGAAUUUAGCCUGGUACCUUCUGCUUCUACGUGGCAAUCUUUGCUAUUAGGGUUGUGUAGGCGAGGAAGGUUAAGUGAAGCUAAAGAACUUUUGUAUGAGAUUGUGGGGAGGGGAUUCAAUGUGGGUAUAUCUGCUUUCACCAUCUACAUAGAUGGGUGCUUUAGGUUUGGUAAAGUAUCUGAGGCUAUAGAUUGUUUGAAUCACAUGGAAAGUAACGGUAUCUCACUUGAUGUUGUUGGCUUUUCAGCAUACAUAAAUGGCCUUUGCAGAGCAGAGCGCAUGGAAAAAGCCCAGGAGGUUUUCAAUGAGAUCCGUAGGAGAGGAUUGAUCCCAAAUAACUUUACCUAUAAUUCUCUUAUAUCUGGUCUAAUGAGAGUCGGUGAUAUUAAGGAAGCACUGAAGUUGGAAGCAGAUAUGAGGUGUAAUGGACUGAGUCCUGACAUCUUCACAACAAAUAUAGUGAUUAAUGGUUUCUGCCUGCAUAGAUGCUUGGAGAGGGCUGAUGAGGAGUUCAGGCAGAUGGGGUGGAAUGGAUUAUACCCAGAUACCAUUACUUUUAAUACAUUAAUAGCUGCUUGUUACAGAACUUUUGAUACCGGACAUGCAGAAAGGUAUUUUGAAUUAAUGGCUUUAAGAGAUUGCAAACCUGAUAUUUUCACUUAUAAUAUAAGGAUUCAUAGCCUUUGCAGCAGAUAUAGGACCCCUGAGGCCAUGAAGAUGGUAGAUACGCUCAUCUCAGAGGGCUUUACUCCUAGCACAGUCACUCAUAACACUGUGAUGAAUGGCAUAUGCGAUGAUAGUCUUGGUCGCGCCAUGAUUUUAACUGGAAAGUUGAUUAAGAUGGCCAUUGUUCCUAAUGUUGUUACAGUUAACCUUCUUCUGUCUCAUUUCUGCAAGCAAGGGUUGGCUGAGAGAGCCUUGAUUUGGGGAGAGAAGUUCAAGAAGGUUUCCUUUGAUUUUGAUGACGUGACAUUGUGUAUAUUGGACAAAGCUAAUAAUUGCCUGAGAAAAGAGUCAGGGGCCAGAGUUACUUCAGGUAAAGGCUUGUUUCUAGAGUUCCUCAUGCACGUCGCUUAUGAGUUAAUAUGCAAUACUAAUCGAAGUUCGAAGCAUAAGCCGUUGGCUAUUAAAGGCUUAGUCAAUGGUGGCUUUACUUGUGCUUCAAUGAAGAGGGAUUUGAGUUAGCAAAAGCUGUAUAAAGUUUGUUCUCACAAUGUUCAUGGAUGAGAAUUUAGGCGCUCAUUACCAAGGCUUCUAGUUGGUCAUCCACGCCCUUCUUUGGAUAGGAAGAUCCAUUGAAGAUUUGUGAAGAUGACAUAAGUUGAAUGCUUUAAUUUUACUGUCCUUCUAAUUCAGUUUUUAGGGUCAACAUUUACGCUAGAUUGGCUAAAGCCAAGCGGAGGGAUCAAAAUCCCAGGCAACUUUGUUGCAUUUUGACAUCUAUUUUUGGUAUGAAUGGGCGCUGCAAUGAUGAAAGUGGUGCUGAACAUCAUCUUGUGAAAUUCAUACGUGGGAAGGAAGGUUAUCUUAGCUCUUCAUGAGGAUCUAUUCCCACUUGAAUUUCCUGAAACUGAGCACCGCAGCUUGACGGAGCUGAUUGAGUUAUAUUUUUGGUUCUUACGGCGUGUGGCUCUCUCAUUUUCUCCUGAACCCGUGGGAUAAGGGUAUGUUGCAGAGAAUAUUUAUGUACAGCAGAUUUUAAUUCGGUUGAAUCCAAUCCACAUUUACUAGUUGAAAGAAAGGUAUUGCAAACACCAACUGAGCUUUAUUCACUAUGGCUUCAUAAUUUAUUGUAACAAUAAGCUGUGAUCCUUUCAAAAAAUAGUAAAAAAUGGAACGAAGAAAACUUCUAAAGAGAUUGCUGAUUUCCACUAUCAAAGACAGCAGCAGGAAAAGUGUUAACUCUGCACUAAGGAAAGAAAAAGUGAUGCUAAACUUUUAUUUGAAGUCCUUGUUUGAUGCCACCGAAG